AUGAGAGGAACGAUACCGUGGAGCAGAGUUGCCGAGUCGGCCUUCACCUCCGACGACGAAACAGUUGUCGCGGUUCAAGAUGGCGUAGCGUUGAACGCUGCCGGCCACAAGGAUCAGCUCAAACGUCAAUAUGGGUUUCUUGGGCUCGCCAGUAUGGCCCUUACGGUAGACAAUGCCUGGGUAGCCCUGGGUUCUUCCAUCUCCGUGUCCAUUCUCAAUGGUGGCCCCCCCGGCAUCAUUUACGGCCUCCUUGUCGCCGUCUUCUACUACACUCUCAUCGGUCUGAGUCUAUCAGAGCUUGCCUCGUCAGUGCCCACAGCCGGGGGUGUCUAUCACUGGGCGACCAUCGCCGGAGGUCCUCGGUGGGGCCGAGCGCUCGGCUUCUUCACCGGCUGGAUCAAUUUCUACGGCUGGCUGUUCUCUUUGGCAUCUCUACUUCAGAUCUCAAGCAACGUCGCUGUGAGUAUGUACGCCGUCUGGAAUUGGGAUCGCUAUGUCAGCCAGCCAUUCCAUGUUUACAUCGGGUAUCUCAUUAUUCUAUGGGGAUCGGCGGGCUUCGUCGUCUUUGCCAACAAGUACGCCCCUUACACUCAACAUGCGGGGACCUUUUUUGUCUUGAUUGGCGGCGUCAUCGUUAUCAUUGUACUGGCCACUAUGCCCAAGCAACAUGCGAGCAACCACUUUGUAUGGGCGUCCUUCGACGAGAACAACGCUACAGGAUGGUCUGGUGGCGUCGCUUUCCUCCUGGGUGUUCUCAACGGUGCCUUCACGAUUGGCACCCCCGACUCUGUCACUCACAUGGCUGAGGAGAUGCCCCAUCCUAAGAAGGACCUUCCCAAAGCCAUACUUCUCCAGAUCUUUCUAGGCUUUGCCUGUCUCGAGGACAUAUUGGGCUCUUGCUAG